AUGCCGUGGAGUUUGGGUUUAAUUUCAGGUAUGUUAAGAACGAUUCUGUACGGGUCACAGCAGUGUGCUCCAUGGUGGAGGAUAAGGGCUACACGUGGUUUGUACAUGCUCAGGGUGUUGAAAGCGAAUCAAUUUUUCUACCUUCGCAAAUGGAAUAGUGUACAUAGUUGCGGUGUAUCCGUCCGGACAUCAAAUCAUCCAAGGAUUGGAUCUGAUAUGGUUGCUGAUAUUUUGGCAACUCGUGUUCGGGACAGACCACUCACACGUCCAACUGAUGUCGUCUUAGAUUUGAAAGAUGAUUAUGGGUUGGACGUCAACUACCAGGUUGCGUGGUUAGGGGUUGAGAAGGCAAGGGGGGAAUUGUUUGGCGCCCAUUCCAUAUCAUUUGACCAAUUGCGUUGGUAUCAUGAAGCCGUCAUGCAAUACAAUCCUGGGAAUUAUGUUGAAAUCAAUUACGAUGAACACAACUACCGGUUCCGGCAUUUUUUUAUUUCAUUCAAAGCAUACAUUGAUGGGUUUCGUCAUUGUCGUCCAUUACUUUUCCUGGACGGAACCUUCUUGAAAGGCAGGUUCAAAGGGUUUUUACUAGCUGCCACCGCGAAGGAUGGUAAUCAAGGGUUGUUCCCGCUUGCUUAUGCCAUUGUGGACUCUGAAAACCACACAAAUUGGGGUUGGUUCUUACAACAUCUUGCCAACGUGGUACCCAAUGAUAGGACACUGACGUUUGUGUCUAAUCGAAACGUGAGACUUAUGGAAGCAAUGCCUACAUUUUUCCCCACAUCUCACCAUGCAUUCUGCCUCCAACAUUUACAGAGAAAUCUGCGGGACAAACUACGAAAUGUGAACAGCAUGCAUCGAAUUGGGCUUGUCAACAAAUUUCAAAAGUGCGCAUACGCACCCACCAUAACAACAUUUAAUCAAAAGGCUGACGAAUUUCAACAAUCUGGAAAAGCAAUUGCUACGAAAUUCCUUGCGGAUGCAUAUCCACAACACUGGGCGAACGCAUUUUUCAGAGGUAGACGAUACGGUGAAAUGAGCUCUAACGCCGCCAAGUCAUUCAACUUUUGGAUUCGCGAAGCACGGAAUCUACCAAUCACCAGAAUGGUUGACAGCAUCAAAGGUCAGAUUAUGCGACAAAUGGCGAAGCGGAGGGUGUCGGCCUACACAUGGACUGGCGCAAUUUGUCCCAAAAUGGAAUCCCUGCUGGAAGAAGCUUACAACAAAAGUCGGGCAUGGAAAGUGAGUCAGGCGAAUAACGACGUGUACGAGGUCCAUUCAUUCCCAUCUGUUAUGGUGGACAUCGGCAGACGUACAUGUUCGUGUUUCCAGUGGCAAAUAAAUGAGUUUCCAUGUGCGCAUGCUAUUGUUGCAAUGCGAAAAAGUGGGAAAAACCUUGACGACACAGUCGUACCUUGGUACUAUGUGUCCGAAUAUCGUUUGACGUAUGCGCCCACCAUCUACCCAAUACCAACAGUUGAAAAACCACCAUUCAACCCCACCGACUACGUCAUUUACCCACCAAACGUCAAACGUCCGCUCGAGAGGCCGAAGAAGAAGAGAAUACCGUCUAAAGGUGAGAAUGUGCAACAAAUACGCUGUGGAAGGUGUGGUCAUAUGGGGAACCACAACAGGAAGACCUGCAAAGAACCUAUUUAG